ACAAGUAGCUUUCUUUCAUCUAUAUCAGUUGUUUCCAGAGAAAUUAUCUACAGAAAGGUGGAGUUUCCCCACCCAAGCUCUGUCCCAGCAGGUAUAUAAAGACCAGAUGAGGAGCUCAGGUAUAGCAGCCUUCAGCCGCACAGAAGACUUCAAUCAGCCAAUCACUGUCUGUGGACACGCACACACUCAAAGUUGUCCUGUGUUUACCUGUGAAACUCAGUAUCUAAAGAUGCCUCAGCUCAAUAAACCAGAUGAGAACAUUGAAACUGAGGAUAAUCAGGAAAACGGAUCCAGACCAGAGGAAGAGUUUGAAACUGAGGAGAAUCAAACAAACAGUUCCAAACCAGAGGAAGAGUUUCAAACUGAGGAGAAUCAAACAAACAUUUCCAAACCAGAGGAAGAGUUUGAAACCAAGGAUAAUCAAGAGGAGCACACCUUGGAAGGUAAUUCAGAGGUGGACAGUUAUGUAACUGGGUCAACCCCAAAAUGCCAGAUGCCGACUCCCUCAUCUGGGUCUGGGUACAUCAGUGAAAUCAAAGUUUCCCUGAAUAAACAGGACGAAAGAAAACUCCUUCAUGGCUAUCAGAAGAUUGAUGUAAAUCUGAAUAAAGGAGCAGGAGGGGAGGAAGUUUAUAUUUGGUACAAAAGAUCCUACUCUUCAGCCCUCAUCACCAGGAUUCAAUUGUCAUUCAAAGAAGAAAUGUGGAAAGGCCUGAAGGAGGCAUAUUACACUAAGGUUGACGGGAACCUCAAUCAAGGAGCCGAAGGCAACACCAUAAAUCUGUGGUUUUACAAAGGUCGCUCCGAGUAUGAUGUUCCCAUUGAGGACAUUUCCAUAACAACAUCUCCAGAAGAGGAAGAGAAGAUGUUUGAGUCAUCCUGGGAGAGGCUGGCCUGUAAUCUGAACCGGAGAGCUGGAGGAAACAACAUCCACCUGUGGGUGAAGCGAUCAAGACCAACAUACAUCUGUGAUCUCGCUGCUACUGAAGGCUUUGACAAAGAUGCUGAAAUGUUUAAUAAAGGGUACAUCAGAGUGGACGAAGACACCAACAGAGGUACAAGAGGCGAUUAUGUCUUCAUCUGGUACCGCCUGACCACCAGCAGAGACACGGCCAUCAGAGAUAUGCAGGUCUCCAUCACUAAGGAAGAGUAUGAGGGCUUCACUAAAGCAGGCUAUAAACUAGUCGAUCAGGAUCUCAACCAGAAGACCACUGGAACACCAGUCUACCUGUGGUACAGGAAGGAUCAGCCGAUCACUAACUUCAGUCUGAUGGUCAAGGAAACCGACCUGGAGAAGUACAAGAACGUGAUCCAAUUCAUCAAAAAAAACCUCAAUGAGGGAAAUGAUGGCUGCACAGAGUACCUGUGGUAUUAUCGCAAAGAGGAACCUCUCACUCGCAGAGCUAUUACUGAUAUCGCCGUGUCCUUCAAUGAGGAGGAGGAAAGGGACCUACUUCUCCAAGGAUUCAUUGCAGUUCCUCACAGCCUGCACAAUGAUGAGAGAGGAAACCAAGUAUACCUUUGGUAUAAGAUAGGUACUGAGAAACCAAUCACCUAUAUUCGGUUUUCUUAUAACCCCUGCGAAACAUAUUCCCUCCAAAUUCAGAAGUUUCAGAAGUAUGAAAAGAACCUAAAUCUUGCCAGCUGUGGGGAACCCAUCUACCUGCUUUACUACAGAGGCACCGACAGUCCGCCCCUUGUGGAAUUAGAUGUGUUUGAUUGUCCCCAAAAUAAAUUCAAGAUGUUAUCAUUCGGUUGGUCCAGUCUGGAUACCUCUCCUUACAAUAGGUUCGCAGGACCUAAAAAGGAUAUAUAUGGGAGAACAGAGAAACCGACCUACAUCUCUGAUAUCAGGUUCUCUGCAGGGAGUGAAAUAAAAAAGCUGAUUCGAAGAUGGUUACAUUCAAGAAAGUGAAAGCCUUGCCAAUGUUCCUGGAAAAGAGCUCUACAUGUGUUAUCGCCUCACCACCGAUAAAGAGAAUGGCCUCAGGGAUCUGAAGCUUACCAAAAGCCAAGAAGAGCAUGAUGUUUAUAAAAGUCUAAACUAUCAAGCUGUUGAGGUUGAGGGAGGAGAAGCAGGUACAGUCCUGUGGUCAAGCAAAGACAAGGGAGAUGAGGUCAUCCGAUCCUUCGUAGUGGCAAAGAAUCCAGAAGACCAGAAGCUCUAUGAGAAAAACAAGCAUGUCCUGAGCAUGGGCAGUGAUGCUGCUUCAAUCUACCUAAUGAAAUGGCAUGGGGACAUGUCUGAUGCUUAAAGUCAGCAAGGGGAAAAUAAAUAAUCCCAGAUUACCCUUACAUGUAUGGUGAUGGUUCCUUUGCUCUUUAUUCAUCUAACUCUGUUGUCAGUUAAAUAAUCCAAAAUGUGUGACUCUUGCUUCUGUCUUUCUGAGCAUUUACUAAAAUAAUAAUAAUAAUAAUAAAGACUCAUUU